AAGGUGUCCUGUUCUGGAUUUGAAGAAGCUGUUUUAGCGGCUCUGGUUCAGUUUUAAUCUACAAACCAAACAGAAUUUAUUUCAUCAGCAUUUUAAUCUAUCAGGUCAGUGCUGCAGCAAUGCAUCACUUUAUUUCCAUGAUGUUUUCACUGCUAGUCUUCACUGGGCUGCAGGUGAGCGUUGAGUCCGCAGGAAGACGUCUUGAGCGAAGCUCCAACAGACAUUACAUAUCAGAGCUGACUGUGUCGAAUGGAGGGAGUUGGGGGUCGUGGGGUCAAAUAGAAAUGUGUCCAGAUAGAACAUACGCUGCAGGGUUCAGUCUAAAGGUGGAGAAACUUUCCUUUGGUUUUUGGGAUAACACAGCGCUCAAUGGGAUUCGUCUUCACUGCGUCAGUCUUUUUAAAGACUCAAACUUAUAUGAUGAGGAAGGCAGUGCCAUUCACUCCGCCAUAGGAAGCUGGGGUGAGUGGACAGAAACCAAAUGGUGUCCUUCUGGAUUCUUGACUGCUUUUCAGCUAAGAGUCGAAUCUUACCAAGGAUUUGAAGACGACACGGCCGCAAACAACAUCAGAUUCAACUGCAGUGAAGGGACUUUGCUGCUGGGUGACGGCACAGACAGGGGCGAGUGGGGCGAUUGGAGCCCACUGUGUAAGGGAAGAGGGAUGUGUGGUAUCAGGACACUGAUAGAAGAGUCACAGGGAAUUGGAGACGACACCGCUCUCAAUGAUGCACGCAUGUUCUGCUGCGAUUAAGGUGUAAGAGGAGGACAACAAGAACAGCAAGAAGAUCAGAUGGAUUGUAAUAAUUAAUCAAAUACUACGAGCUAACAGGAAACAUGUCAUAUCACAAUGUUGUAAGUGAUAAUGCACAGUCAGCUGGUCAUUAUCACAAAAUAAAUCUUAACAGGACAAGGAGGUUGACUGGUUGCCCAAGCAGUAUUAAAGACUUUUCAGAGUAUGUCA